UAAAACCGCCAUUUUCGAUUGGACUUCUCUGCAAAUUUUUGGCGAUGGAUGAAAGUUAAAUUUAGCGGAAGAGAAAGCUUUGCUUCAAUCAUUCAUAUUGCCUUCUCUUGAAUUAAACCCUAAGCCUUUCUCUCCGCCAAUAAAAUCCCGCCGGAUUCCCGAUUUUUUCAUCAUCGGAACUCUGCUUCUGAAUCUGGAUCCGCCAUGGCGAUUUCUUUCACCAAAUUCUUCGCCAUUCCGUUGAUGCUCACAAUGUGUUCGACGAUUUGCCGCUGUGGAAGUUCCAGUGUUUUUCAUUAUCCGGCGGUGUUCAAUUUCGGCGACUCGAACUCCGAUACCGGCGAGCUUCUCGCCGGCAAGGGAUUCCGCCUCCCCCUGCCUUAUGGAGAAACUUACUUCCAGAGCCCCUCGUCUGGAAGGUUCUGCAAUGGCCGCCUCAUCGUUGAUUUUCUCAUGGAAGCAAUGGGGAAGCCACAUUUGAGGGCGUAUUUGGAGUCAGUGGGGAGGCCAAGUUUCAGAAAAGGGUGCAAUUACGCGGCUGGUGGUUCCACUGUUCUUCCUGCAACUGCUGCAUCUAUUAGCCCCUUUGCCUUUGGGGUUCAGCUCAACCAGUUCCUCCAUUUCAAAGAUAGGGUUCUUCGGCUUCGAGCCAAAGGUAAUAAAAAAGUGAACAAGUUGCUACCGGUAGAAAAGUCGUUCAAGAAGGGGGUUUACAUGUUUGAUAUAGGGCAGAAUGACCUUACUGCUGCAUUUUACUCCAAAACUCCUUUGGAUCAAGCAAUACCCACCAUUUUAACUGAGUUUCAGACUGGCCUUCAGAGACUGUACGAGAAUGGGGCGAGACAUUUUUGGAUCCACAACACGGGUCCUCUAGGGUGCUUGGCUCAAAAUAUUGCUACUUUUGGCACUGACCCAUCAAAGCUCGAUGAAUUUGGAUGCCUCAUUUCACACAACCAAGCUGCAAACCUCUUUAAUUCACAGCUCCAUGCUCUUUGUAAAACGUUACAAAGCCAAUAUGUCGAUGCAACCGUCACAUACAUCGACAUCUACGCGAUAAAAUUCAAUCUCGUCGCAAAUUAUUCCCAACUAGGUUUUGAACAACCUAUUAUGACUUGCUGUGGCUAUGGAGGUCCUCCGCUCAACUACGACAAUCGAAUCACCUGUGGGCUAACGAAGACGUUGGACGGGAAGGUCGUCACAGCAAAAGGGUGCAACGAUAGCUCGAAGUAUGUCAACUGGGAUGGAACUCAUUACACCGAGGCUGCAAACGAGUAUGUUUCAUCUCAAAUACUCACCGAAAAAUAUUCUGAUCCACCCUUCUCGUUGGAUCACAAAAGGCCUUUCUUUCUCAAGUUCUAAAUCCUAAUUUUUAUCUCACAUCUUUAAUAACACAGUUCGUGUAUGUUUAUAUGGUAACAAUAACUCAAUUGUCGAUUCGAAACUAUGAUCCCGUUACUGUGGCAGCUUCAAUGAGGACGGUUAUAAUAGAAAAUAUUCGAUGAUAAUGUAAUAAUCUAUGUAUGAACAAUUUAAAUGA